UCUGACCUUUAAAGCCAACUGCAGAGUAACAGACACUUCUUGAAAAUCUGUCAGAUAUUUUAUCAUCAAUUCAGAUUGAGUGUAACAAUGGACAAGUCUCCCACAUCUCCUGUUGGGGGAAUCUUUCACAGGUUAUCGAAUCUCAGAAAAAGUGCUCCACGCAUUAAAAAAAGGAGUAUGUCAAAGAAACUAUCUUUUUCAUUUGAUAAAGAAGAGGAAAUCACUGAGAUAUUUCAAAUUAAGGACACAGAGAUCCCUUCUAAGCCGUGCUCGGUUUCACAGAUAAGAGAAUAUAUAAAAACGGAUGAGCUUAAGCAGGCUUACGUGAAUCUUCUUUCCCUUCGCCUGGAUAUUCAGCAGAAGCGAGGAGCUUUAGAAGAAGGAGCUUCUGACGUGGAUCUAGUCAAUAAAGAGACAGACAUUAGAAUGCUCUUCGACACCCUAAAGAAUAAAAUAGCUGAUAUUGUGCGCUCUAGUACGCUGCAAUCUGUCAAUAAAGAGUUACUUGCGCAAGUGGUCACUAUAGUCCUGGAGGAAAAUAAGAAAUCAGAAAUGAUGCUGGGGUGGAUGGAGAUGUGGAGGAAUGCGGUACGAGACGGGGUUAGAGACACUUUGAAGAAAGUUCACCUGGACAAGCCUGAACAGAACACGUCAUGGUUGGCAGUACACCUGGGGCUUCUGGGUAAAGCGGUUGAGGAUGAUUUGAAGAGAGUGAAAGCAGAACUUCACAGCUCAUAUCCAAAAGACUUUAAUGUGUUUGAAACCUACGUCUCCUGCUAUAAUGAGGUCGUGGAGGAGCAUUCGAAGGAACUUCUGGAAAAGGUGACAGAGGCAAAAGAUUACUACACUCUCCUAGACUUCAUUAUUCAUCGCUAUCCCAGUGAUCUGAGAACAGAACAGGGAGCUGUUAAACUGGAGCAAGACUUCCUCAAUAAAAUCAAGAACGCUUAUUUUGAUCGGGUGAUGGAGGACUUUAAAGCUGCACUGAAGAAUAUUAUCAUCUUAGAAAGAGACGAGGUUUGGAAAACGAAGAAAACUCCAGACAGAACAGAUGAUGGAUUCCUUACUUCACAUGUCAACAUGGACAUCUGUCAGUUAAUAGCAAGUUAUUCCCGGCAGCUUAUUGAGAUCGAUGAGAAUCAUGGGAAGUUGUUUGUACGGUUUUCUUUGGAGGAGCUACAUCAAUUUCAUAAAAGAUUUGAAGAAGAGUUCAGACAGCACACCCGCUCUCUGCUGACCUCAGACCUGCUGGACUUGUAUCUGUGGGUUAAUUAUCACAUCACCUAUAUCAACACUUUUCUUUUACUCAAAGAGCAAAUGCAAUGCUACAGAGAGAGCUGUUUAACUGAGGUGGUGCAGCUGGAGAAAGACGUGGACGAAGUGACACAAAGACUCCGUCAGACCCUGAUGGACCAUUUCAAAACGGAUAUCAAGCCUUAUAUAAAUGGUAUGAUGACAAAGAAAUGGAUCAAAACUGAUGAAGAUUUUACAGAAGUAACAUCCAGAAUUGAGAGUUACUCUGGACUCUGUAAAUCCAUGAGAAAUCCAGCAUCUCAGAUCUUCGUAAAUGAUGUGCACUAUUAUGUGAUAAAAGAAUAUGUCGCACAACUGAUGAAGAAAAAGUAUUCAUGUAAGAAUACCAAGAAUGAAGAAGCUGCUGAUAAAAUGAGAACACAAUGGAAAGAGCUCAGGAAACUGUUUCAGGAAAUGGGAUCGUCCUUAGACUGGUUAUAUCCACUGGGGAAUUACGUUAGUGACAUUAUUGGAAUGGAAAAUGAGAAAAGUAUCAAAGAUAUUUUACAUCCAUUAGUUAGCGAUUACCCAGACAUCAGCAAGAAGCAAAUGUCAGCAGUGUUGUACUUCAGAGACAAUGGUUUUAGCUUGGAGAGACAUCAGGUUAUUAAUCAGUUUAAUCUGAUCAAACGGGACACUGGCAACAUCAUUCAUGAGCGCAGCUUCUUCAUUGACAUGGAGUGAGAUAUACUUCUUCGUGAACCUUCACAUUGAGGAGUAGCUACUGCAAUUUCGGAAAAUACUGCAAUUUUUUUAGUUUUUUUCAGGGAUUUUUAUACGUUUACAUUUGAAAACAACAUGACAGACACAAGAUUAUUUAGUGUACAGGUAUAUGUUUGUAGAUUGUUGCCACUAGAGGGAGACAGCCAACUACAGACGAGAUAUUUGCAUUUCCUCCACACAAUCAUGCAAAAGAGGUGAUGGAUUCAUUCUGUUUAUCUUCUUUGAUAACAAUCGUGUAAAUGUAAAACUUAAUAUUGGACAAAACAGAGUCUGGACUGUACAGUCUUUAGUCCAUGUUAAUGCUGGAUAGACCCCUGCCCUUACAAAAGCUUACGUUUACUCUUUUUUUUUUUGAGUUGUCUGAUUAUUUUUUUGUGUGUGAAAUCUUACUUCAUGUUGCCUAUGUGCAUGUCGAUUUUUGUUUACUUUUAUAUUUGUUAUAGUCAAACCUUAACAAAGGAACUUAAAUGUUUGUUAAUGUAAUAUCAAAUACAUUCAAUGUAAUUCCAUAUGCAAAUAUUGAGUGUUUGUUUGUGUGAGUGAAUGUGCAAUAUGAGGGCAGAAGGCUUUCCACUAGCUUGUAUCCAGAUGUUGUGAGGAUUACAAUCUUAUCCACAGAAUCGAGUCGCUGUAACAUGGGUAGCAUGGGAUUUAAAGAUAUUUGGAGAUUGAUUGGUUUCUUGCAAAUGUUUAGCAUAUUUAGACUCAGAAUAUACAGUAUUUUAUAAAGGGGAAUUUUAUUUAAACCCAAUGUUUUCCGCUACUAAAACACAACUGUUAAAAAUAGCAGCAUUCCAGUGUUAACUACAUUUGCCCAUCUUUCUUCUGCUCUGCGCAUCCAUCACUUUCUCUUUUCCCUUCAGGAAAAAAGCUUCCUAAAGCUUUCUUUUUCUGAAACUUGCCCUACUUUGCCAGUUCAUGGAAUGUAUGAUUCUCCCGCCGUCCUCUUCUCUUACCUUUUCCUCUCAAGAGCUUAUUCAAAUAUCUUCUGGCUGAUUUGUAUAUGGAGACAGGAGGCGGUGAUGACUUCCUGAGUGCUGUGUCAUUUUCAAGAUGUGUGUUUGUAUGCGAAUGUACAUAUCAGGGAUGAUGUUUUUAUCAAAACACUAUUAUAUAUUUAGCUCAUUGUUCCAGACUUCUCAGACAGUUCUUCACAUUGAAUGCCUCUCACCCAAACUUAUCGUGAGGGGGUGUCAUACUGAGACACAGCAGACACAGCAGGCAGGAAAGAACCCUUUCAACAAGGGUAUAUAAAAAGACCCUGUACGGUGAUUUGAAGAACUGUAAGAGCAUUGCCAUGAAAAACCCUGGACCUUUCUUUAUUAUAAAAUAUUUUUAGUAGCCCACAACAUGGUGCUGACAACAACAACAACAAAAAAGGCACAAGCAAACCCACAACGCCGAAAAACAUCUACAUUUACGCAUUUGGCAGAGACCCGAGUCAUUCCACGAAACCGUUAUGAUUUGAGGUCCUCCGACCUUUUUAAGUGUAUUCUAUCCAUUGGGUCACUAAAAUCUAUUUUAAAACCUUUUUGUAUCAAUUGAACUGUCUCCUUUAAUAAAGCUUAAAACAUGACAUACAUACAUUUUAUCUUGAUAAAUAAUCUUGUCCCUCAUGGCCUUCUAUGAAAGUGUA